AUGAUCCGCGCGCCGUGGUUCACCGUCACGAACCUGCUCAAGGCGCUCGACGCCAGGCGCGCGGGGGCGCGGCCGCGCGGGCCGAAGAAUUGGCGCGCAUUCGCGGAGAGGGGCGCGGGGCUGUUCGACCGGGCCAUGCGCGUUGUGGUGUACAGCGGGGGAUGCCACGUGCGGGAUGUGCGGAAGAUGGCGGAACAGGUGGCGGAGGGAGAGGAGGGGAAGAAAGAGAAGGGUGGACACGAUAGCGGGUCUGUGAGUGGGGUCGAGCGGAACAAACGUGCAGGGGAAGAGAAAGGUGCAUCUUCUUCCUCCUCCACCACCACCUCCUCCCCUCCUCGCUUCCACAUCCCAGCCUCCUACGAUCUCGCUGCUCACCGCCUCACCCGUGCCACCAACGUCUCCCUCGCCUCCACGCGCGCCCUCGUCGCCACACUCGCCACCGCCGCGCGCCUCAACCCGCUCGCUGACCCCCAGACCGCCGCCAUCCGCGCCACUUCCGCUGCCCUCGCCCUCCCCAUCGACAUCCUACCCGCACACCCGGCCAUCUGCGCCCUCCUAGACGACCCACUUCUGCUACUUAACAAAGUGUCGGCGGGAGUGGUGGAGAGCGAGGGGUGGGAGCGGUGGCGGUGGCAUGUGAAGCUGGCGAUGGACACGGUGCACGUGGUAAGGCAGUGCGCGCACACGGGCGCGCGCAUGGUGCUGCUGCUGCAGGAUGACGUGGUGCCAGCGUGGCAGUGGGACGUGGGGUUGGAGCGGUUCGUUGCCGUGGACCUGCCACGAGUGGUGGGCGCACGGGAGAGAGCAGAGGAAGAGGGGAGAGAGAGGAAGAGGGGAAGGGACGGGACGCAGGAGGGGGGACAGGGGAGGGAGCAGGAGAGGGAGGAGGAGAAGGCGCAGGAGAGCAAGAACGGGAGGUUGGGAGCGGUUGAGAGUGGCAACAAGGGCCGUGGCUCGCACUCGAGAUACCCUGUCUGGGACGUGCUGUCGUUGUACUACCCACAGACGUAUGGGUGGAAGCUGGCCCACGGGGCGGAGUACCCAGUCCCUUGCUGCGCCCAGGCGCUGCUGCUGAACGCGUCCACGGUGGGUGGGCUGCUGGCGCACGUGGAGGCGGGGCUCAUGCGCGCGCCCCUCGACCUCCUCAUCCAUGAGUACCUCCUCUCUGGUGCUGUCCGGGAGGACGGUGGUGAUGGGAGUGGAGGCGGUGGUAAAGGUGGUGGCUUGGGUGAUAAUGAGGGUGGUGGUGCUGGUGAAGGGCGUCGUCCGAGGGCGUAUGUGCACAUCCCGUCGCUCUUCCAGCACAUUGGGGUUGUGAGGACGAAUGUGCUCAAGGGGAACCAGGGCCACAGCGACAAGCGAAUGUCGGACAGCGAGGAGGACUACUACCAGGACUCGGAGGAGGAGGAGCAGGUGGACGACUCGGACGACGACGAGGACUAUGGCUUCGACGAUCCGGACGUUGACGACGACGAUCCCGCGCUGCGACCUAGACAGGUGCGGUACAAGAUUCUGUCGGAGAAGGACAUUCUGCAGCGGCAGCAGGAGGCGACUGGCGACGUGGCGACGGUGCUCUCCAUCCCGCUCGACGACGCCGCCAUCCUGCUCCGCCACUUCAAAUGGAGCGUGAGUCAGGUGAACGACGAGUGGUUUCAGGACGAGGACCGCGUGAGGAAGGCCGUGGGGCUGCCGCGCCCGCACUCGCCCUCCUCCUCCUCCGCCUCCGACCGCCGCCCCGGCAAAGAGCCCGAGCCGCACCUGACAUGCGGCAUCUGCUUUGAGAGCUACCCGCAGGCGGCCAUGAAGCCUGCAGAGUGCUUCGACCACUUCUUCUGUGACGCGUGCUGGCAAGGCUACGCCAAGGCGGCUGUUGCGGACGGGCCGGGGUGCCUGUGCCUGCGCUGUCCGGACCCCGCGUGUGGAGCAGCGGUGGGGGAGAAGCUCGUGCUGGCGUCGCUGCCGGACGCCCUGCGUGCCAAGUACCUCAAGUACCUGCUGCGCUCCUAUGUGGACGAUAACCGCAAUGCCAAGUGGUGCCCUGCCCCCGGCUGUGAGUACGCAGUGGAGUAUCUACCGGACUCCACGCACUACGACGUCAUCUGCAAGUGCAGCUUCGCCUUCUGCUGGAAUUGUUUGGAGGAGGCGCAUCGGCCAGUGGACUGUGAGACGGUGGGCAAGUGGAUUCUCAAGAACAGCGCCGAGUCAGAAAACAUGAACUGGAUUCUGGCGAACUCCAAGUCGUGUCCCAAGUGCAAGCGGCCCAUCGAGAAGAACCAGGGCUGCAUGCACAUGACCUGCACACCGCCCUGCAAAUACGAGUUCUGCUGGCUGUGUCUAGGGGCGUGGUCGGAGCACGGGGAGAAGACAGGUGGAUUCUACGCGUGCAACCGAUACGAGUCCGCCAAGCACGAGGGCGUGUACGAUGAGACGGAGAGGCGGAGGGAGAUGGCGAAGAAUUCACUGGAGAAGUACACGCACUACUACGAGCGCUGGGCCGCCAAUGAACAGUCGAGAGUAAAGGCGCUCGAGUCGUUGCGCGAGAUGCAAACAGUCAAGAUAGAGCAACUGAGUGAGCGCCACAGCCAGCCCGUCUCGCAACUCAAGUUCGUCAUCGACGCAUGGCUGCAGGUGGUGGAGUGUCGCAGAGUCCUCAAGUGGACAUACGCGUAUGGCUACUACCUGCCAGAGGCGGAGGUGGCUCGUCGGCAGUUCUUUGAGUACCUGCAGGGCGAGGCGGACGCGGCGCUGGAGAAUCUGCACAAGAUGGCGGAGAAGGAGCUCGAGCUCUACAUCUGUGAUGACGGGGACCCACCCCCGACGUCUUUUAACGAUUUUCGUUCACGACUGGCGGGGCUCACCAGUGUGACGCACACAUACUUUGAGAACCUAGUGAGAGCACUCGAGAACGGCCUGGCAGACGUCGAGAACGCCUCUACAGCUGCCUCCUCCACACGCGCCGCUGCCGCCGCCGCCGCAGCAGCAGCGGGCCGAGCCAUCGCCAGCACCUCGCGCAUCUCCCAGUCCCGCUUCGGCGCCCGCACCCGCUCCCGCACCACUGCCGCUUCCGCCGCCGCCGCUUCUACCUCUGCUGCUGGCUCGUCUGCUGCAGGCCCUAGUGGUUCGUCUGCGGGAGCAGCAGCAGCGGGUGGUGGGGGUGGUGCGGGGUCGAGCCGCGGGAGUAUUUUCCGGUCGUCGUCGUCGCAAGCGGCCGCUGCGGCGGCGGCAGCGGCGGUGACGGUCGCCGCGGUUGAGAGACGGAAGGCUACCAAAGCACGAGUAGCGAGCGCACGAGAGGCGGCGGCAGGAGGUGCAACGGGCUCAAGAGCGGACACAGAAAGAAGAAGCAGCGAGGCGAACCCAGUCAUUCGACCCGUGGUCAUUCUCCCGGGAUUGGGCAACAACUCGGCGGAUUACGCGGAGCUCGUCGCGCUGCUGGAGGCGCAGGGCGUGGCGGCGGAGGUGGCACGCGUGGCGAGACCUGAUUGGCUGCGGAACGCCGCGGGGCUGCUGCAGGCAGACUACUGGAAGGGAACGCUCAAGCCUCGGCCGAUCCUCGACUGGUACCUGGAGCGGGUGGCCGCAGCUGUGGAGGCCGCCAAGAAGAGAGUCCCAGGCGCCUCCCAGGUGUCGCUGGUGGCGCACUCAGCAGGCGGGUGGCUGGCGCGUCUCUACCUCGCGGAGUACGGCCAUGCUGACGUGGCGCUGCUGCUCUCCCUCGGCUCGCCGCACCUCCCACCGCCACCAGGGGCGCAGGGGGUGGUGGAUCAGACGAGAGGCCUGUUAACGCACAUGCAGGCCGUCUCUCCAGGCGCUUUCCAUGCACCCCAUGUCAAAUACGUCUGCGUCUCGGGCAGGUACAUCAAGGCAAAGACGGGCACUGAGAGCGAGAGUGAGGAGGGCAGCAGUGGGGCUUCAGAAGAUGACGAGGCGGGUGCUGAGAGGCAGGUGGGAUCUGGGGGAGGUGUGUUGCAGGCGCGCAUGGUGGGGCAGGGGUACAAGCAGGUGUGCGGGCGGGCGGACGUGUGGGGAGACGGAGUGGUGCCGGAAGAUGCCGCCCUGCUGGAGGGGGCGGAGAAUCUGAUCUUGGACGGCGUGUACCACUCGCCUGUGGGCGCCAGUGAGGCCCGGCCGUGGUACGGCUCUCCGUCUGUGCUGCCCUCGUGGCAGCACCACCUGUUUGUUUAA